AUGGAGAAAUAUUUGAGAGAAAAUUUUGAGGUGGAUCCAAAGAGACCUUCAGAAGAAGCCUUAAGGAGAUGGAGAUCAUCUGUUUGGCUUGUCAAAAAUCCCCGGCGCCGGUUUCGUAUGGUCGCCGAUCUAGCUAAGCGCCAAGAAUCCGCUCGUAAACGCGUUAAAAUUCAGGAAAAAAUACGAGUUGCUUUGUACGUACAAAAAGCCGCCUUACAUUUCAUUGACGCGGCUAAGAAAGAUGAAUACAUAGUGCCAGAAGAUGCAAAACAAGCUGGAUUUACCAUUCAUGCAGACGAGCUAGCAUCCAUUGUACGUGGUCACAAUUUACGUGACCUCAAAGCUCAUGGCGGACUAGAGGGAAUCGCGAGCAAGAUUUCUGCAUCCCUUAAAGAUGGUGUCAACUCGAAUUUAAUUAAGCAACGACAAGACAUCUUUGGGUUUAAUCAGUUUGCUGAGAAACCUUCUAAAAGUUUUUGGAACUUUGUUUGGGAUGCGUUGCAAGACUUGACCUUAAUUAUUCUAAUGGUAUGUGCUGUUGUUUCUGUAGGAGUGGGUUUAGCAACUGAAGGUUGGCCAAAAGGAAUGUAUGAUGGGUCAGGAAUAAUACUUAGUAUCAUGUUAGUAGUCAUGGUAACAGCAAUUAGUGAUUAUAAGCAAUCUUUGCAAUUUAAAGACUUGGAUAAAGAAAAGAAAAACAUCAUGGUACAUGCUACAAGAGAUGGAAAAAGGCAGCAAAUUUCGAUUUAUGAAUUGGUAGUUGGAGAUGUUGUCAACUUAUCUGUAGGGGAUCAAGUUCCUGCAGAUGGGCUUUUCAUGUCGGGCUAUAACUUAUCGAUUGAUGAGUCGAGCUUAUCAGGUGAGAGUGAACCUGUUCAAGUAACAAAAGAUAAACCAUUUCUUCUCUCGGGUACUAAAGUACAAGAUGGUUCAGCUAAAAUGCUUGUGACGGCUGUUGGUAUGAGGACUGAGUGGGGAUCUCUGAUGGCUACACUUAAUGAGGGAGAUGAAGAAGAGACACCCUUGCAAGUUAAGUUAAAUGGGGUAGCAACUAUUAUUGGAAAGAUCGGGUUGGUCUUUGCAGUAGUGACAUUUUUGGUUUUGGUAGGUCGGUUCAUGGUGCAGAAAAUGGUUUACCAUGAGAUGAGGAAUUGGACUUCAAUGGAUGCUUUGAAGCUGUUAAACUACUUUGCAACUGCUGUUACCAUAAUUGUAGUUGCAGUUCCUGAAGGACUGCCAUUAGCUGUGACUUUAAGUCUUGCAUUUGCGAUGAAGAAACUGAUGCAUGACAGGGCGCUUGUCAGACAUCUCUCAGCAUGUGAAACAAUGGGUUCUGCAAGCUGUAUUUGUACUGAUAAAACAGGGACUUUGACGACAAAUCAUAUGGUGGUUAAUAAAGUAUGGGUACAUGGAAAAGUAAAGGAUAUUUCAAGCACAAGUAGCGAGAAAGAUGAUGAUGUAAAAUCAUGGAUAUGUAAUAGUGUAUUGGAUUUACUCUUACAUGCCAUAUUCCUCAACACAGGAUCCGAAGUGGUUAAAGGAGAGGCCGAGGGGAAGCCAAAGAUAUUAGGCACUCCCACUGAAAGAGCGAUCCUUGAAUUUGGCUUGCUUCUAGGAGGCGAUUUUGAUACUAUACAAAAUGAAUCGAAGAUAAUCAAGGUUGAGCCUUUUAAUUCUACAAGGAAAAAGAUGUCGGUUCUUGUUGCUCUCCCUUCAGGUGGUGUUCGAGCCUUUAGCAAAGGUGCAUCAGAAAUUAUACUUCAGAUGUGUGAUCAGGUUUUGGAUCCUAAUGGGAGGCCGGUAAAACUAUCUGGAGAUUUGAGACUAAGGAUUACCGAGGUUGUAGACAAGUUUUCUUCGGAAGCAUUGAGAACACUAUGCAUAGCUUACAAAGAUAUCGGAGAGAAAGCUAGUGCUGAUAGCAACAUUCCUGAAGACAACCUUACAUUGAUUGCAAUUGUUGGGAUAAAGGAUCCUGUACGUCCUGGGGUUAAGGAAGCUGUAGAAACUUGUUUAGCUGCUGGGAUCACUGUGAGGAUGGUUACUGGGGAUAAUAUUAACACGGCUAAAGCCAUUGCUAGAGAAUGUGGGAUCUUGACUAGUGAUGGAUUGGCAAUCGAAGGGCCUGAGUUUCGCAAUAAAAGCCCUAAGGAAAUGCAAGACAUUAUACCAAAUUUGCAGGUGAUGGCUCGUUCAAUGCCAUUGGACAAGCACACACUAGUGACCCAAUUGAGGCAACAUUUCAGAGAAAUUGUUGCAGUAACCGGGGAUGGGACUAAUGAUGCUCCAGCUUUGCAUGAAGCAGACAUUGGACUUGCUAUGGGAAUUGCAGGAACUGAGGUUGCAAAAGAAAAUGCUGAUGUUGUCAUCAUGGACGAUAAUUUCACAACCAUACUAAAUGUUACUCGCUGGGGUCGAUCUGUCUAUGUAAAUAUUCAGAAGUUUGUGCAGUUCCAGCUAACAGUAAACAUAGUUGCUCUGGUGAUCAACUUUGUCUCUGCUUGCAUUUCAGGUUCAGCUCCUCUUACAGCGGUUCAGUUGCUUUGGGUGAACAUGAUUAUGGACACCUUAGGAGCCUUAGCACUAGCCACUGAACCACCUAAUGAUGAACUAAUGAAGCGGCCACCUGUUGGCAGAGACGCCCAUUUUAUAACCAACACUAUGUGGAGAAACAUCAUCGGUCACAGCAUCUACCAAUUGGUAGCUCUUGGAGUUCUCCAAUUCGACGGAAAACACCUCCUCAAUCUCACAGGGCCUGAUGCCACUAAAACGCUCAACACCUUCAUAUUCAAUACCUUUGUGUUCUGUCAGGUAUUCAAUGAAAUCAAUAGCAGAGACAUGGAGAAGAUAAAUGUGAUUAAAGGAAUUUUGGGAAACUGGGUGUUCUUGGCAAUCUUAUCCUCCACAGUAAUGUUCCAGGUGAUCAUUGUGGAGUUUCUAGGCACGUUUGCCGAUACAGUUCCGCUAAACUUGAGGUUGUGGCUGCUAAGUAUCGGCAUUGGAGCAGUAAGUUUGCUAAUAGCAGUGUUGUUGAAAGGUAUCCCAGUUGACAACCUUAGGUCACCAGCUAAAACCCAUGAUGGUUAUGAAGAACUGCCUAGUGGUCCUGAACUGGCCUAAACUUGUACUGACAUUGGUUCAUCAACUGCAACAUUUUUUUUUUUUUCUCUUUGUUUGUUGUUGUUGUUGUUGGAAAGAUCCCUUCCCUUUCUAUAAGGGAUUUUCUUUUGUAAUUAGGUAGUUAAAAGAAUUGCUUUAUUUUUUGUAGUUAGUCCUUCCUAUUUUAAAAUCUACAUUACUUCUAAUAAUAUAAAUGUAGACAUGUAGUUAUGUUCAA